AUGAUUUCUUUCUCCCUGACACGCGCUCCCCGAAAUCAGAGGCGGCGGGAACGGUCACCUUUUUCCUCGACUUACACUCGAACGACACGAUCCCCCGAGAAUUCACGCAACCCGACGUGGAGGCGGUCUUCCGAAAUUGACCACGACCCCUUCUCUCAGAAUGAAGAUGAUGAAGACAUGGACGAUCAAGGAGACGGCUCUGAAGAUGAAGAAGACGAGGACGGAGCGGAGCAAGAGGAGGAAACGAUUGAAGAUGCUGAAGACGUUGGUGACGAAGACGAGGAUGGGCCUGAUGACACGACGCCCCUCCUUCCCAUAUUUUCCGCCGCUCGUCUCGAUACCAUUCCCGUCUUUGCCAUCACACACGCCGUCCGUUUGCUGGUGAGCUCUCGCUGUGAUACGGUCUUGUCCUGGGAGCAACUUCGAGCUCCCCAGAUCUCGCAAUUCCUGGUCAAGCCUAUUGAACAGGAAAUUCGAAGCAACCAUAUGAAUGCGGCCACCCAUUAUGCUCUGAUGGCAAAUUGCCUCCAGUACAGCAAAGAGGCAGCAAUGUCCCCGGGCAGUAGUGGAACAAACAAGACCCGUGCAAUGGUCUGUGAGCUGAUUGCCAUUAAACUGCUCAAGGACUUUUCCACUAGAGAGCUCAUUGACGCGUUGUCCUAUGACUUUGAUCCUCUUCAAGGGCAGCUGGACGCAGUGCCUCAUGCAGAGAACGAACGAAGAAACACAGCAACCUCCAAAAAGCCGGCUCAACGGCCGGCAAGGAUCUCGUGCUUUGAGAUUGCGAUCCGCGCUCAGGCUAAAAAGUUUCUCUCCCAUCCCAUGGUCGUGAAGCAGCUCGAGGCGAUCUGGGCCGGCACUAUUGUAUUCCACUCAGCGGCCGACAAUCUGCAUAGACCAUUGCCUGCAAUGAAUCGACGGCAAGGCUACGGUACAAAUGAUGGUGGCUUUUCUGCAAAGCCCAUGUCCUUUAGCACUGAGUCUGGAACGCCGAGGAGAGCCGUUACGCUGUACAAUCCUCGGGAUGCCUCUCUUUUCAAAUUGUCUCGGUUGCGGGUCCCUCGAUACCGCAACAUCUUAUCUACCUUAUCCUUUGCUGUUCUCCUCAGCUUGUUCGUCGCUGUGCUUGUGCAGCGCUCUCUCGAGAUCACGACGCUGGAAGUGAUCUUCUGGUUCUGGGCUGCCGGCUACAUGCUCGAUGAGAUUGUUGGAUUCAAUGAACAAGGCUUCAGUCUCUACAUUGCGAGCUUCUGGAACACAUUCGACCUAGGAAUCCUCCUCAUCUUGGUCAUUCACUUGGCGCUGCGGCUCUACGGGAUUCUGAUGCCAGACGUCAGAAAGCACAUGGUUGCCAACAUGGCCUACGACGUCCUUGCAGCCGACGCCAUUCUGCUCUUCCCACGACUCUUCUCUGUGCUGGAUCAUUACCGCUAUUUUUCACCUCUACUAAUCGCCUUCCGUUAUAUGGCGGCGGAUCUGAUCGCAGUUUCACUGUUGAUCCUGAUCAGCUGUAGUGGGUUCUUCGUUGCGCUCACUUUGUCGUUCGGCAAUGACGGUAUUGACACGCCUAGUUCGGUGGCUUAUGCUCUGCUCCAAAUGCUCAUGGGUUUCACGCCGGCUGCCUGGGAUCGAUGGGAUGGCUACAACAUUCUGGGAAAGACGAUUCUGACUUUGUUCCUGUUCAUCUGUCAUUUCCUUGUAGUCACCAUCCUGAUUACAGUGCUGACCAACUCCUUCAUGGCUAUCGUCCAGAACGCGAGCGAAGAGCAUCAAUUCUUGUUUGCGGUCAACACCAUUUCUCAUGUCAAAUCUGAUGCACUCUUCUCAUAUGUGGCGCCAACAAAUAUACUGCAGUGGCUUUUGGUCCCUGUCAGGUACUUUGUCCCUUUCCGUCAAUACGUCAAGAUCAACCGAACCAUUAUCAAAAUCACGCAUCUACCGCUGCUGUUCUCGAUCUUGUUGUACGAAAAGACCAUCAUGCAAUCCACCGCCUACGACAGCAUCGAUCUCGUUGAGCACCGCGGGCGCGUGAGAAGAACGACCAAAUUCACGCGUCUCAAUCGAGCACCAUCCAUUGCGACUUUCCGACAGGACAGAGCUCUGGAAGAAGUGUUCAGACAACCUUUUGACAGCACCAUUAGAAACACUCAGCCGAGCCGGGACCGGCGCAAGGCGAGUAAUGUGGUUAGCACAUGGAUGAAUAAAAUGGGCGACGUAGCAGACCCACCACAGGAGCAAGAUAGACAGGUCGUUGAUAAGCUCGAGGCCAAGGAAAUCAUGACUCGCCGACCGCGCCAGUCCAGCCGGCUUUGCGACUUUUCUCGCCCAACGAUGUCAGUUGUGUCUGAUCCAGAGGACUUCACGACCAACGCAGGCUUCUUAUCUCCGGGCGAGACACAACCCCUGACGGCGACACCUUCGGCGUUGGAGCAGCCAUCGCACAACACUGAUGCAGAUGGAGAUGAUGAGAUGCCGACAAAUGAUGAUGGUGAUGAAGAGGACACAACCACAUUUGAGCACCGGUCGCCAAAUGACACAGAGCCGGAACAACACAACACAGCCCCUGCCGUCCCAGAGCAUCGUGACUAUUUCACAGCCAAGCCAAUUCCUGGACGCUCUACCCCUGAAACCGGUCAACUUAAGGGGUCCAUUUCUCAGGCGAAGCUUGAAAAGGCUGGCUCGGGUACUGAUUCGCCUUCACCACGCCCUCCAAAGGACCAAACCCGUCAUCAUUCUCGGAACGUGUCGGCUGCGACCAUGAUAUUUAAGCCCAUGACGGAUUCUAGCACGGACCAGACUUCGUCCGUUGAAGGGAGCAAACCUCCACACCUUAAGACACGUAUUUCAGCACCUGGCUCAGGGGUUCGCACGCCCGUUUCGAAACCUGGUUCCAGUGGUGCGGGCCAUAGGACGCCGAAGCGAGCAGCAGGCCCGACUCGACUGCGGCCGAUUCUUGCCUCCAAAGAUGAACAGGGUUUCCGGUCGACCCCUAAUUUGGCAGGGCUGCUGUCGCCCAAGAAUCAGCCGGCUCAAGUGCGGCGGAAACCAUCUCUCGAAAUGGACCUGGUGUCGGAUAUUGGUGAUAACCGAGCAAUAGGUGGAGGCUACGUUGGAGCACUUCCCAGCUCAUUUGCGGCUCAUAUGGUGAAAGGAACCAUAGAAUCACGCCAUGAAAAAGAACAGAAAGAACAGCAGGAGAUGUUCACCAAGAUCCUGAUGGCUCGCAUGAAUGCACUCGAGGAGAGCUUCAGAGAGGUGAUUCACGAGAUGAGAGACCAUAUGAGACAGGAUGAUGUUAGAGGUGGGAGCCGUGGAGGGGGAGCAAAAACGAAUGGUAUCAAGGCCAGGACCCGGGAGAAAGAGGUUGGUCGACCACUGACAGCAAGUAAUGAUGCGGAGGCAGCUACACCCCGUGCGAGCUCAAUCACCAGAUUGGGAGAGCCUGCCGGAGCUGAGCAGACCACAACAGAGGUAGAAAGGGGGGGAAACGAAGAACAAGAAGCUAGAGAACAAGCACACAGCGCUUGA